AUGUACCUGAGCAAAGAAAAGAAGGAGCACGAGGAGGAGGGGAAACGAGGCGUGGGCGCGAAGAACCCAGCAAACCAAAGGAACAGAAAAUACGGAAGAAAUGCAAAACAUCCCACAUCAGUAUAUAACAACAGAUAUAUUAACAAAUUUCACAAGCGAAACAGUGACCUUCGGACGAAAAAAGGGAACCAUGGGAUGAUGAGCUUUGGAAAUUUAUCCCUAAAUAGUAGCCACCAACAUAUGAAGGCAGAAAAUGUAAAAGCCAAUCAAGUGUACUUUAACAAAAAUAGCAUCAGUAGAGGCAGCAAGGAAAACACAAGAACGACGGUUUACAAAAAAAAUUAUUUCGGUCAGGAUAAUAUUAACUAUAAUACCUUCAUAAAUUCACAAACACCUGUCUGUUCAUUCCAUAUAGAAAAAACAGAAGAGGAUAUAAAAAAUCAAAACAAAUUUAAUGAAAAUGUGUAUAGAAGCAACGACAAAAAUGUCUCCCCAGAAGUGACCAACUCUGCGUUCCCUUCUUUUGUUGAGGAAGUGAAUUUUACAAACCACUUGGUUCAAUUGUCCGCCAUUCUUGUCCUUUCAAAUAAUGAUAAAAUUUUUAACAAUUUAGAAUUUGAGGGGAAGACCACUCCCUCGCCAAAUGACUGCAAUUUGUGCAUCUACGUUAAUGUAAUAAAUAAGUGCUCCUCUCAGUACUACAAGCAGCUUUACCCCGUUUCGUAUAAUUUUAAAAAUCGGCUUCUGUUCGCUACCCCAAGUUGCUCCUCUGUCGUCGAUUCGUCUCUCCUGGUGGAUAAAAUAAUCAUCAAGGGGAACUUCAAGACCCUCUCGCUGAUCGUGCUGGGCCAGCCGGAGGAGAUAACCGACGCGUUGGUAUCCUACCGAGAAAACCUCCUCGACGGAAACCUGAGGAGCAAAAUCGGCGAAGACACUCUCGACGUCGAAAACAUUGACUUCGAGAAAGACGACAUGUUUAUCCCCAGGAGGCCCGUCGACAUCAGGACGUAUAACAUCAACACGCUGAUUGAUGAGAAGCUCAUUUCGAAGCAACCCAGCGAGGGGAAUUAUUUCGGCAAAGUUGACUGGCCCCUCGGGGGUGCGCACCAUGAGGGGGCAGCACCUGACAGACUCGCCCAAAUUGGUGAAAUCGGCCAACCUGGCGAAGAGCACCCCCCGAAGCAACUGCUCCAGCUGCAGCACCUGUGUGACCUCCUCGAGGAGCAGUUCCUAAAAAAUAAUGCAGACCAGGUGGUAAACCCAAACUGCGAAGAUGCCGCCAAAGGGGGAGAAAACGAAGCCGACCAGAAUGGCCCCCUCGAAAGGGAUAAAUCAAACGAGCAAAGUAUUAAGCAGCCACAAACAGAACAAUCGCAUGAACACACCAGUGAUGCCAUUGACAUGAGCGAAAUGGAAAUUGAAACAACUCCCAACAAAAAGGACAGCCCGUCCUGCUUCAUCCCUCCGGACAAUGAACUCAUAAUAAAGAUACUAAACGAGUUUACCGAAAUGUAUAAAAUUAGGAAAAGCAUUUCCAAGGAGAAUUCCGCAACCUAUAGGAAAAUUAUUAAAUAUGGGAUGAUGUGGGUCUUCUACAUUUUCAAUCAAAUAAAAAAAGAGCAAGACAACUUACUUUUUAACUAUGCAAAGUACACUGAAAUUAAGACGCACGAUAUAUUAGGCUGCUUGUUAUUGCUUAGGAGAUGUGCCCUAUAUUCCGAGCUAGCCAAGGACCUAAUCCAUAUGAACUUUAAUUCCCAUGUGAUUUAUAUGGACCCCCAUCGCCCGCAUGUCCUCAUCAACCUAGUCGACAUGCUCAGCGUCAAUAACGUCUACUUCCUUUCGUCUUGGAAAAUUAAAACCUCCAUUUUGAAAUCGCUCAUCGCGCUCAUAUCCGAUGCCUACGUCAUGGGCCACUUUUGCGGCUACGUGGACGAGGAUGGAGAAACGCCCUACCAGAAAUUGCUCAAGGUGUCCUCAAGCAACAAACUGAAGAGGUACAACGCGAAGAGGCUGCUCGGAAUCAUCCUCUGCAGAGUGAGGCUGUACCAGCACAUCAGCAGCUUCAACCGAGCCGUGAUGCACAUCGUCGUGCAGAGGAACAGCUACGAGAAGAAGCUGUUCAGCCAAAGCGUCACGUCCAAGCUGAUGCACGAGUUGAAGAAUGUUCACAAAGAAUUAUUUCAACACAGCUGUAGGCCAGAGAGUAAAAACAGUUGCUACGACGAACCCUACGAGGAGGAAAUUUUUAUUUUAGAUGAAAAAAAAAAAAAAAAAAAAAAUUAUUACCUGCACAAAUUACAUCAUUAUGUCAUUUCGUACCUUAAGCGAAAUAAAUUUUUCAUUCUUUUUCUAUACAUUUUAAAAGAAUUUGAAAUUUAUUUAAAAAGCUCUCUGUUUUUAAAUUCGUAUGACAUUGCUUUUGUAACGGCUGUGAACGACUUUUUGUUUUAUUUUCUGAACUGUUCAGGUGGAAUUAAUUUCUUACUGAAUUACAAUUUCGCGAUUUUCGAGAAAUUGUACAAAAGCAUAUGUCUACUUAUAAAUAAAAAAAUGAAAGACCUCAAUGCAAAGGUGAACCACUUGAUGACAGGCCAAGCGGAUGGCCCAGGCACUGACCAAAUGAUCGAUUCCACCAGAACCAAAGGCGCGGACAACACUACUGAGCUUUCAAAUGUGGGGGCCAAAAUUCAACUCUUUAAAACAAAGUCGAAUGAAGCUGCGUCAAAUUCGUAUGACAGCGCGAGUGAAGUGAAAGGCGGUAGGACGGAGAAGGCCACUGAAAAUGACCCAUCCUGCCACGAAUUUGAGGACCCCUACGGCGAACGUGGUCAAGUCAGUGGGAGCAAGUCCCAGCCCGAGGGGGAGGACCCCCCCAACGGGGGGGCCCUUUUCCCCAGGGGCAACACUGACAAUGUGUGCAACGGAGGAGGGGCAGCAGUAGGAGUGAACCCUGCCGCAGCCAACCCCCCCCACGAGAGGGACGACCCCAACGCAGGCGCGGAAAAUCCGAAGCACCAUUUCAUAUUCAACGAGAAGAACUUCUUCUAUGACAACUCCAAGUGUAUGUACACCUACAACGAUGUGUUGAGGAAUAGGGACCUUUCAGACGAUCAGUACCUGGAUGGAUUUAACUACAAAGAUAUGAAGAAUGCCAGAAAUUAUUGCUCAUAUAUGUUAUGCGCUUUGAAGACCUUCUUCAAGACGAACCUCCUAAUCGAACUCUUCUUCAGUUCAGGAGGAAACAUAUCUCUGGAGCAUUUAAAAUUUUUUAACGUCCUAAGUUCGUACCCCCUCCCGAAGUUGGCCCUCUUCAGCAAUGACAAUUUUUAUUACUUCUUUCUUCACCUCAUUCAUUUGUUGUAUUAUUUCAUCUACAUGGAAAAGCUGUACGAAGAGGGACUUGCCAGUGGGGGCCUCCCAACUAGCAGCUCCAGUUGCACGAAUCUGGGCCAAGAAGGCGAAAGGAGAGAAGGCCAAGAGAAGGAGAGUGCGCGCAAAAGGAAGGGGGUACUACCAUCCUCCCCAUCCGACACAUUAACAGAUAUAGAUAAAAUACACCCACUGAGCAACUCCCAUGUGAGUGGCAACACCAAUGAGUGCAUCCUAGUCACCAUCAGAUACCUCAUCGGAAUUAUUUACAAUUUAAUUUUUUAUGACGAGUCGGGGCAUUAUGUGUACCACCUGGGCUACUCCAUAUAUGUGUGCCUAGAAGAAAUGAAGAACAUCACUGGGGAGGUAAAAAAGGAUAAAGACUACUCCUUUGGCAAUCUGAAUAGCAUUUUUCCAAACCGAAUUCUUCUGAAAAAUUAUUUAAGUAAUGACAAACUGUUUUAUAAUAACUACCUCUAUCUGUAUGACAACCUGAAGGGGUUGUACUCCGAGCUGUAUCGCUAUGAGAAGAAGAAGUUCAGCGAAAUGUCCCCGGGGAGGAAGAAGGAGCUCUACGAGGGGCACCUCCUCAGCGUGCUUAGUGCCGCCACGGGGGGGGAAGCCGCGAGUGAGGUCGUCAACUCACAGCAGACCGGCUCGAACCCCCCUGCGCGAAGCAUCGUCGACCAAAUAAAGGAACGCAUAAACAAGAGGGAAAAAAUGUACCUGAACCUGCCCCCCCUAAAGUCGGCCUACACUCCAAAUGUCACAAAAGUAAUUGAAAACUGCAAAGUAGAAAAGGACAGCAAGUACGUACUGAAGAAAUCAAAGGAGCUAAACAAUUACAAUUGCAAGCUGAACAACGACAUUUAUAUAAAUAACUCCUCCAAGAAUUGCUCCCGCCUGGGUAGUGGCAGCAGUACAAAUCACCAGUACGUAGAAUUGUUAGAAGAAUUGGAUGAUACCCCCCCACAGAGUUACCCCCCAAAUAGGAAAAUCGACACCUCCACGUAUCCUUUUCUACCCCUGAACUUGCUCUACUACUACAUGAAUUUAUGCCCCAAUGUGAAUUUCUUUUCCAAAUUGUAUGAUGAAAAUGGGCCUAGAGAAAAGGGCACCCUGGAGAGGGAAGAAGAUGACAAGUACAUGAUGCAAGAGGAGGGGGACUUUUUUUACCUUAACAGGCAAGGCGUUUCUCACAGCGACGAAGUGCACCACAGCAAUUACAUAUUUGUGAAAAAUGACAAAAUUGAUGAGACGAACAAGCCGAUUGGGGGCAAGCGCGCCGAGAGGAAAAAGCAUAACCAAAGGGGUGUCGGCGGUGAUAGCGCAGAUGGCGGCCAUGGCGGCCAUAGCGGCCAUAGCGGCGGUAACAGCGGUAACAGCGGUCAUAUCAGUGGUGACAACGCAGAUAACCCGCUGAGUGGGGCCGGCCAGCAGGAAGACGGGCCCUUCUUGGCCAACGCCAAUUACGUGAGCAAGCACGAACACGGGGAUUUCAAAAACAUAGGGACGGUCCUCUACCUGGAAAAUAACCUCGAGUUUAUCAUCAAAUUGAUAGCCAAGUGUAUCUUCUUUCUAAACGGAAACACAUUCAAAUUAGCGCUCCUAAAUUUUAACAAAAUGAGCGGAAGAAUACUCUACAGAAUUCUAAAAAAUAGACGGAGAACCCUCUUUCUAGUAAAAUCCAUUCUGAACAUCCUUUUCAAUUUUUUCUACAACCUAACGAGUAAUGCAAGUUUCAUUUCGUUAAAGUCGUAUAGAAAUAGCGAGCUGUUUUACUCUCUCCUUUUUCUGCUGAACAAAUUGCUGAGCUUUUCUGACUGGCUGGGUUCAAACAACACAUCGGAGUGCAAUCACCAUUCGUCUGUUUUCCUCCUAAGAUAUAAUAUCAUUUAUUUGCUUCGCAUUUUUUACCUCUGGUUUAAUAAAACAAGUGACAACCAGUCUUUCCUCUUUCGCUGCGUUUUGAAGUACACAAGAAUUCUCCCCUCCUUUAGUACCUCCGGCAUGCUCCUAAUUCUGACCUUUUUCGAUUUGAAAAAUAUUUUUCCAGAUUACAUUUACUCCUUUUUCCUUGCCAAGAGUUUGAAGGGCAUUUGCUACGACGCCACGAGGGCUAAUGCUUCUUUGGAGGAGCUAGCCAAGGAGCAACAGAGUCAAAUGCAACAGAGGGGAGACCCACAGGGGGAGGACAUGCAGAUGGAAGACUCCGAGUGGGAGGAAGUCACCGAGGUGGGGGAAUCCGAGGAGGAUUGCGAAGAUGACGAGGAGGGAGAAGCAAAACAAGAGUGCGAAGUUGGCGUGGUGAAAGAAGCGGACACAUCAGAGGUAGACCCCGCAAGGGGAAGCAAACAAACGAAAGGUAAACGAACCGCAAACAGGGUUAGCGGCAGAAGGGGGAAGAAAAAUAAAAAUGAAGGACACGGGACGGAGGUGCCCAGCCAACUUGAUGGGGAACCCAACCCGGAAGGGGAUUCGCCUAAGGAGGACACACCUAAGGAGGACCCACCAAAUAGUGACAACCCCAAUGAAGAGGGGCAAAACCAUGUGGCGAAUGAGGAAGCCCACUCGGAAGGCCUUCAACCAAGCGGGUGCCCUCAAACGGGGGGCGAGAAAAACCAGGAGGAACUCCCCACCCUUGCGAAAGAUUGCACCUCUCCGUAUGACAAAUGGGCUGUAUGCAGGAACAACCGCAAAACGUUCGAUCGGUAUGCUCUUGAGCUGGACCGCCCCUGCGAUACGUUCCUGAGCGACGUGGAGGAGGAUGGCAAGAAGGAAGAGCAGGAUGGAGCGGCCAACCCUGAUGGAGAGCCAAAUCACCACAGCGUAGACCCGCUGCACGAGGAUAACCUAAACAGAGUUAGACCAACAAGUGAGCUACCCCAUCGCGAGGAAUUCAACCCGGAAGGAAAGGAAGCCUCAAAUGAGAACCCACACACAAACGUAAGCGACGAGUUGUUCACAGAACACACAGGUGAGCCAAACAGCGAAGACAGCCAAGGCAGGAGCUUAGAAAGGGUCGUUAUGUACUGCAAGCUGGAUGACGCAUUUCAAGAAAAUGAAGACAAGACGGUUUACCUUUGUUGCGACGUAAAUGUGAUGAAGCGAAUUUUACAUGAACAGCUAUGUGAGCAAUUCCAAGUGCUCAAUUUAGCUCACUCCACGGAUGAUCAUGAAGAAGUGAUAGAAGCCAAUAGGAAGAAGCGCCAACAGAUGUAUGGCCACCAUAACAAGUCACUCAUAGGCAACCUAUCACUCAACCUUAGCGAUGUGGAAGAUGAAAAAACUAGUAAAGAAAAUAAUAAUGAGGGGGGCUCUAACAGCCCCAAUAAUUUUAACAUACUCAAUGAUGAUAGCUUGGCGAAGAACUACAUUGGGAAUAACUCCAAGGGGAUCUCCUUCCUGUCGACGCGAAAACUCCUUUGCAGGAAGGGGAACAAACAGGCAUUACGUCCGUACAGUGGUAAAGAUGUAAGUCUUGGCGGAGGGGGGGGUAUCCCCUUCUUCUCCACGGAGCCAAAGGACCAGUACAGUGAGGAGGAUGACCAGUGCCUUCAAAACAGUUUCCCCUUUCAGAAUUUUAAAUACCCGGGGGGGGGCAUAACAACCGAGGAGGGACCCAAUAGCGACGAUCCUGGUGCUGCCAAGGGUGACGAGUUCUAUCGCCCAAGUUGCGAUAGGGCAGAGGAGAAGUCGACGAAGCAGCCCCCUUGGGGAGAGGAGUACCACCCCCCCCAGCUGGGGUUAGAAGGGAGAAGGAAAAAACGCACUGGUGCAUCGCCAAACCAAAUUACCUCCAUCCGAGUGACAUGCCCCUAUGCUAUCAAAAACUUUGUAAAUAAUAGCGAGGAAAACUGCGCGGAACACAUCCUAAAAAUGAUCAGGCGGAAUGAGCACCUCGCCGAGCAGCACAUCAACCUGAGCAGGUUAAGCCAAGUGGAGAGGGAGAAAAUAUUUCUAAUAAAAAGAGAAUUGAAAGUAAGAGAGUACGCCAAUUUUGAAGACCUAUGUGAUUACAUCAAUUUCAUUGUAAGAAUUAGCAAAACGAACAACGUAAUAGGUCGCGCGUUGAGCACGUACUGUUGUGUUCUGCUUAUUAACCACAGAAUUCCGGUCUUUUCUAUCCUCUUUAAUCACAUAUAUAGCAUAAUGAACCAGCUGAAGAAGAUAAGCGUGUACAAUACAAGCAGCAAUGAUGACGAGACAAGCAUAUGCAUGAACAAAAUAAAUUUCUACUCCUUCUAUUCGUAUAAUAGCACCCAACUGAGCAACAUCUUUUACACGUUCAAUAAGGAGAUCUACCUGUUGAAGGAGCUAUCCAACCUGUUUUCCUUCCUCCUGGAAAUUUUUCACUUAUGUUUUUUUAACAGCUAUAAAAAUAAUUACAAUAGAUUAAUGAGACUGAUUUAUUUACCAUCGAAGAAGCUGCUUGACAUCCUGUACGAUUUGAUUCGCAACUUGAAUGACGUUUUUCCCCAGGAGCUCAUUCGCUGUGUGGUCAAACUGUCCGCCACGAUUUUCCGGGGCUACGCAUAUCUCCUCUUCGUCUUCUUUAACAAGCACGCCAUUUUGCACAGUCAGAGGGGCACUCCCCCCGUGGUAGGUUCGCCAUGUGAAGGACCAGAUGGAUCCCCACAACCGCAUCCACAGGAGUGCCUCUUCACACAGAAGAAAAGCAACCCUGAGGAGCAGUUCCCCACAUGUCGAGACGAGCAAAAGGAGAGUACCACCAAAAGCACCAACGGUGGGGACUCCUCCCUCAACCAGAAAGUCCUCCUCUCCUGCCCGAACUACGUAAAGUACAUCAAAUUCUUCGUUCAGUACUAUGCCGAAUUGAUAAACACUAAAAAUGUGAUCGACGAUGAAAACAAAAAGAAGGUGCUCUACAAAUAUGCCCAUUACGUGGAUCUCAAAACGGUGCAUCUGUGUUUAAUAAAUAUUUACGAAAUUGUGAAGAACCGGGUUUUCUUUUUUUUCUCCUUCUUUAAAGUCCAGAGGGGGCUCGCCAACUUAUUCUUCAGGUACGUGCACAGGUGCAAAGGUGGGAAGGAAGGCGGGCCACACCUAUUCAGCAAGGAGCAUUGGGGUACCACCCAAAUGGGAGACACACAAACAACCCAGCUGCUUCGGACCCCCUGUGAAGAAACCGAAAUGGCGUUCAUUCACCUGUACGAUUUCUACCUCAAGCCAAACAGACACAUAAACCUCUCCUACCUCCUUGACUUCUUCGCCUGCCUGUGCAACGUCAUCCAAGAGAUGAAUUACAAAAUGGUGGAGCUUUAUCAGUACCUUAACGUGAUAGACAUGAUAGUGAGCAUCAUUUUACGGAUCGUCGAAUAUAACUUUAACUCCCUCUUCCUCCUCCACCACUUGGUCUCCCCCGAUGCGGCAGCGGUCACUCGGCGCGUAAACAGGGCACUGCGAAUGCACCGAACGGAGCGACUCCGCCAAACGGGAGAGGCCUGCCAUUUAGCGGAGGGUAACUCCACCGCAACCCAAUUUAAAGAUAAAAACUCAAACGAAGGAAACUCAUUUGGAAAGAAAAAAAAAAAGACAGUGCUCCUACCCAACGUGGAUGACUUCAAGAGGAACUUCCUCUCCGGUCUGCUGCACAGUUUGGAACAUCUCCACCGCUGUAUGAACAGAAAACUGCAUGACCAGUUGGAGCAAGCGAACCCGUUUAACCACCCCAGUGGAGAUAACACUCAAAGAGGAAGGAGAGACGACGGUGGUGAAGAACCAACAAGAAGCAUCGACCCGAAUGCGAUGAGGCUCGAUGAGGAAGCGGCGACUCAAUGCGCUGAUAUUAAUAGAAACAAACUUGGCGGUGCCAUGGGAAGAAGCGAUGUGGACCCCCCCCUGCACCUCCUCUCUGCUGCCAUUUUAAACCUUAUCCGCAAGGUGAAGACGGUCAAAGAGCGAGUACUCUCCCUAAAUGCGUGCUUCGUGCCCACCAUCACCUUUAAGACGUUUCUCCUUUUCGUUUGCUACGAGAUGAACGAAUUGAAGAAUAUGUAUAGAGCCCAAACUGCCAAGAGAGACUUCUCAGCGGUGCAGGCACCCGGGGGAGGAGCCACCCAGAAGAGGAGACGACGCGCUGGGGGCGACGAUGGGGGCGAUGCUGCAGUAGACAACGAUGCUGCCGUAGAUAAGGAUGCCCAGCCCAAGGAGGACACUCACAGUGCAGUGGAGGAUGACCAGUCGGGCGCCGCCAAGGAGAGCAGCCCGAGUGGGGAGCCAUCGGCGAGCGAUGAGCUCGCGGAGAACGAUGACCCCGCGGUGAACGAUGAGCUUGCCCCGUUUGACCAUGCCGUUUUGGACCAUGCCCCUUUGGACGAUACCGCCGCCCCCACGAAGGAUUGCCCCUUCCUGUGCGACACCCUCUUCAACGACGCCAACGUGACGAUAAGCAGCCAAUUCCUGUUUAAAAGGCUGAGCGACGUUUUUUACGCCCCAAGCGUCCUUAACAAAGUGGCCAAGUCGUUUGAGCCCCACCAGCACCUUGACGACAACUACCUCAUCACGGUGAAGAACAUGAAUGCGAGCAUCUCCAUCCCCUCCGCAAAUAAACAGUUGUACGACCACUGCUCCCACCUCUUUGCAGACAUCCAGUCGAGAAUAUAUCUAAAUGAAAACGACCAGGACCGAAACAGCUUCACCCUCUUUAACGUAUCCCAGGAGAGUAAGUCCAAAGAAAUCGACGAGCAACAUGCACUCUACAAUUACAUAACCCUACUGAAAGAAGAAAAGAACAAAUUGCAGAGGAAAAAAAUGGAUGCCAAAAGUGUACAGGCGGCUCACACCAAAGGGGGAAAACAAUACAAAAGGAGUGACAAAAAUACCUUUGAAGACCACUUUAGGAACCGAAAAACGGUGUCCUCCCGGGCCCCCUCCAAGCACGUGGACGACUACGAAGCGGCCAACGCAGCGACUAGCGCAACCACUAACGCGGUCGCAAAUGACGGCAGUGGCAGUGGCAACCUGAACGGAAAGGAUAACGAAAAGGAGAAUGAAAAUGAAAAUGACCCUCCCGUUAGAGAAAACAACGACGUGUCCCUUGAAGGCACCAUCAAAGGGGAUAUCAUAAGUGGGUCAAAAGGAGGACCCAAAAAUGCAGCCACGAAACACAUGCACGCACAGGAUAAAAACAAAAUGAGCAGCAAUGCCAACCGGGUCUACAAAACGAACAACGUAAGCAGCAGCGGGGUGGACAGCAUUGCUAAUGACAUCAGCGGAAACGACAUUGUGGGGGUGCCCACCAGCAUGAAUGCACCGAAGAAGGAUAUUUACGCUAAUAAACCUGGGGAGAGGGCCAACAAAAGGAACAACCAGAAGGGCGCCGGCAGAAGGCGCGCCGAUGUCUACGCGUCUGGAGGUGCUAGGGGAGACUACCAGCAAGAGAGCAGCCGCGACGCCGGCUAUGACCCCGGCUACGAUCCCGGCUAUGACCCCGGCUACGAUCCCGGCUACGAUCCCGGCUACGACCCAAGCUACGACCCAAGCUACGACCCAAGCUACGACCCCAGUUAUGACGCCAACCGCGACCCCAGCCUGCACCACCGUGACGACUUCGACCAGUACGACCCGCGGGAUCAUCUGAACAGCCACGGCUACCCCAUGGACGGAGAAGAACAGAACCCGUACGAUCCCCUGGACAAUUUUCCCAACGAAGAUAAUUUGCUAAUAAAUUCGUCCAGCCGACCAAGUCACCACCCCAACGACCUCUACGACGCGAAUCCCUCCCUCCACAGUUACAGCAGUCAGAAUGACCUGAACAAAGACGCCAUGGAAAACAACAUGAACGCGAAUGACUACCACGUGAAUUUGCAACACGAUGAAAAAUUUGACCUACCGUAUGCGGGCCAAUUUUCAAACCAUGCGGAGGGUAAAACCAGCGGUAAUGCCAACGUGAGUAGUAAUAACAACCAAACGGGGGAUAGCCAAAACGGGGAAGCGAAUCAACAGGCCAAUAAGAACUCCCAGUUUGAAGACUGCACCUGCUACAAAUUCAAUUUAGUUGGAUGGAAAGAAUUUUCGGAGGAUGGCCAUAAAAACGAUUUAGACGUUUGCAAAAUAGUCAACAAGCCCGUUUUGCUCAGGGACCCCAGAAUUAAAAUGAAGUUUCUUAAAAUCCUGGACAGACAUAAAAAUAUAAAAGAUAUAUUUAAGAAGCUCGGCGUGGAUAUAAAGUGA